AUGACCCCCGAAGCCUCCAUCCCGCUGCACAACAUCUACAUCGAGACUUGGAUGAGGUUCGACUACAACCCGCAAGGGCGGAGGAAUCACAAGAUCUCCGUGUGGAAAUAUGAAGAGGAUGUCUACUAUCUCAUGCAGAUUGACAAGUUUGGCCGACGUUUUUACCACCGAGGCUUUCCCACUGCCCGGAUGUAA